UGACGUGGCUGAUAUCGAUUGGCUGAUUAUGCGUGGAGAAGAAACGUGUACAAAUAACCCCGCCAUCUAUAAACUGAAGAUAAAAUAACAAUCGCAGUCAAAUUCACUUUUCCCAUCUUCAACACUUGCCGAUCUCUGAGUUCUCCGAGUCGAUUCAGAAAUGGCUUUAGGCGGAACAGCUCCCCCAAGAGGCAGCGCAGCAGCAGCUGCUAGCAUGCGCAGGAGGAGGACAACGAGUGGUGGGGCCUCAGGAGGAGCAGCUGGGACUAUGCUUCAGUUCUACACUGAUGAUGCUCCAGGACUCAAAAUCUCUCCAAAUGUUGUACUAAUAAUGAGCAUUGGGUUCAUAGCUUUUGUUGCGAUUCUUCAUGUUGUGGGUAAACUCUACUUUGUUCGUAGAGAGGCUUAGAAGUGUCGGUCACUGAAAUGAAUUGGAGUCGGUUGUUACUGAAAUGAAUUUGAGUCAGUUUGUCUGUUGGAUAUCCAUUUUCAAUUGUUUUUAUAAUGAUGGUUGAAACAUCAGUAAUAUUGAUAACAUUAUACUUUGUUUGGGAGA